AUGGCUCCUACAAGUACAAGGCGUUCUGCUGUUAAGAAGGGUAAUAGGAAAUCCUUUAGGACUGUUGUUUAUCCAGACCAGGACAAGAUUGAAAUGUGUCCAACAUUUCGAUCUAUUUGGAGUGAUAACUUAGAGAAACGCCCAUGGGGGUAUCUAUGGCAUCCCAGUGGAAAUACAGCCAUGCUGGAAUUCCACAUAGCUGAUGGUCAGUGUUACAUGACCUCGGGCCGGAUGGCAGCUAUUUUAUACGGUUUAAGACAACCGACUGAUGUUGUAGUUGUUUAUGAACUCAUUGACGAUGAAAAUUAUUUUAAGUUGCAUAAUAUGAAUGCGACGGAAGUUAUUGACCUCACAAGUGAUCGUGAAGAUUUUCAUGUUUUACCGAAUGACGACACUUAUACUCUUCCCGAGUUUGAAAACGACCGUCACUAUGGUUGGGAAACAAUAGUGACUGAAUGCAAUUCCAGUGACAAAAGGGCGCAAGUUCUGAACCUUCCGUCGCGAACGGCCAAGCAUGUGCUCAGAGGCAGGAACAACAUUGUACUCAGAACUCGGCACAACAUGGACCAAACCAUAUGCACUAUAAAGACUUACACUUUGAAGAACAAUCCAGGAAAAUUCCGAAUGUACCUGACUGAUGGUUGGUAUCAGUUUAGGCAAGCUAAUCAACUACAGGAGGGAGACUUGGUUCAGUUUCAGCUGUCCGAUCCACCUGAUGUUUUGGUGGUUGACAUUGUUCGAGGCAACCGCUUGAACUAAUUCACAGUGAGGUUUGUCUGAUUGUAUGUAAUGGUUUUUAUGAUGCUCUUGGAACUUGGCAUGUAACUAUAAUCUAUAUUUGAAGUUAUUUAUGAUUUUGAACUCCUCA